GCGGUAUUAGUAGAUCUCUCUUGUGGUCCAUCAUAGAGCUUGGUAUUCUACGCAUUUCCGACUAUCGCUUGAAUUAACCACUUUAUCGUUGGGAAUGCAUAAAUGUCAAAUGUGAAUGGCGCAAGCGGCACAAGUAACGUGCCUUCUCAUCAGUUCACAAUGUACCAAGGCUCUAUAUCCGACAGAGCCAUGGCACUGGCAUCUACUACUGAUGACAAUGACCGUGAUAGUAUACACAGCGCAGAAAGUGACGAUGGAGGGAUGCAUACUCCACUGCAUCACAUGAAUCCAAUACAGGAUUAUCUCAAUUCCAGUCCGUUAGAUCAUGGUCCACCAGAGUUAUCAACCAUUUCAGAACAGUAUGGGGAUCCUUCCAGCCCAUCACAACGAGCUUCAGCAGUCAGAAACCAACAAAACUUAUCUUCAUUAUCACCCUUACUCAAAUACGAAACCCCAAGGCUUGCACGGCAUAGAGAAUUAAGCACUGUUCGAGCUCUUCAUGAUACCUCCAAUACAACUGGCUUAAAUUCGCACACUCAGUAUUCCAACUCGGCAACAUCAGACCUUAACCUUAUCACUCCUAUCAGCAAACUUCCACCGAAACCCACUUCAUCAUCUCAUAAAUCUGUCACCAGGCGAUUGCGACUCUCAGCAUCGCUUGGUCCGGCUGAAAGACUUGUUAGAAAAGGUGAUAAUUCUCCAAGUCAUAGAGAAGACGCUAGAGCAUCACCCUCUGCCGCCGAUAUCUAUAAAACUUGGAAUCGUCAUUCUUUGGACAAUCUCCCACCACCUCUUGACCCCCUAGAGACCGAAAUAGCCCGAUCAGAACCCCCGCGUUACGUCAACACCGAACGUACAAAACAAUCGGCGCAAAGCAAACUAUCUGCUGUAAAUAAUUCCCCUGAUAGUAGCUCUCCUUCUGAACUCGCUAUAUCAUCUUCGUCUACCGAGACGACACCUGAGACAAAAACUAGUCCACAACCCAGGAAACGAAUUCGAACUGGAAUGGAUGAUAGGGCUCCUUCGUCAUCUUCAAAUGGCUAUCAUCCAGCAUCAUCACAAACCAUAAUACCGAAGUAUCUUCCAGAAAAUGUCACUGAUAGAUCCGCGUUGAAAGACAUUAUCAAAUCUGGAAAAAUGGAUAUCCCAAAAUUGGAGGAUUUGAGGAAACAAAACAAUGCAACUACAUCAUACGCAACCACAUCCAUACCAACUAGCUUAGAUACUUUGUACACUCGACAUAAUAGCCCCGACCUUCGAUCAGAACUCCAGAGAGAGAAUUCCAUUGACAAACAGUUCGCCCACAGUCGCAACUCGCUCCCUGACUCUCUCACUCUCAACAAUACCCCUGAUGUCAAGUCAAGACAAUAUGGUGACCGUAGACAGCUUGAAAGUACCCGAUUCUCGAAUGUUUCUGAUUACCAGACCAAAGAUUCCACCUUGUCACGAAAUUAUAUGAAUGAGCAAGAGAGACGUGCCUUAGUGCGCCAACAAGAACAGGAGCGGUUGGAAAGAGCAGAACGUGAAAAGGAAAGGCUCGAACGCCAAGAGAGAGAAAAAAUUGAACGUGAACUUGAGAGAAGAGAGCGUGAACGACGUGAAUCUGAAUAUCGGCACGAUCAGGAGCACAAUCGAAAGGCGUCAGGAUCAGGCCAAUCUUUACAGCCACCUAAUGCCAGACAUAUGCAAGAUAACCAGGCUCCAAUGCCACCUCCUAAAGCUGUUCCGACGCCUAACUGGAAAACAACAUUGGUAGGAUACUUUUUUUUUCUUCUUCAAAAGCGGUAUAUACAGUAUCACAAAGUUCACAAAUUUAACAUCGCUCUAUAGGUCAAUAAGCAUUGGUAUACAGUGCUGGAUCAGCUUGGUAAAGGUGGUACUGGGCGGGUAUGGCGAGUGAUGUCGCACACACAUCAUCGCGUCUUUGCUCUCAAACAUGUUUCGUUGGCAGAUGUGGAUUCUGAAGCCACCAUAAGCAGCUAUAUUAAUGAAAUUCGACUGCUUGAACGCCUGUCUGGUCACAGCCGUAUUGUCAAAUUGUACGACUA